AUGGACAUUCUUCGUACUUUCAAUGAAGUAACUGUUGAAAUAUCUGCUGAAAAAUUCGUCACCUUGUCCAAAAGUGCAGUACUUGCACGAAUGAUGAUUGAUCAAACUAAACUGAAACAGCAAUCAUCCGAUUCGCUUCCACCAAUUGUAAAAAAGCUGGUUGAUGAGUUACAUAGUGGUCUUGUAAAACGAUUUGGAGAUAGAGAAUCGAAUGAUCUUAUCGCUGAAGCAAUUUUUCUAGACCCAAGAUUUAAAAAACAAGGUUUUUCUGACCAGGCGAUGUUCAACGAAACAUACCAAGCUCUUUUGCAAGUGAUGCAACAAAAUUGUACUGCAACGGAUGAGGAACAACAACCUGAGCCCCAGCCUUCUGCUGCUAAGUCAUCUAUUUGGGAGCAGUUCGACGAAACCAUCAGCAAACUACAAACAACACAAGAUCCAAGGACUGCCUGCAUCAUGGAACUGGACAAAUACAUUGCUGAACCGUAUUUAUCCAGACAUGGAGACCCGCUUGACUGGUGGAACUCAAGGAAACAUGUCUACCCAAAUCUAUAUCGGAUUAUGCUUACCAGGCUAUGCAUCAUUGCUACGUCUGUUCCAUGUGAGCGAAUCUUUUCGAAGACGGGACAGCUCAUUAGUGAGCGGCGAAGUGCACUAUCUCCCAAGAAUGUUGCGAAGAUCAUGUUUUUAAAUGUAAAUCUAACUUAA